AUGACCUCCAAACCCAUUGCUCCGAUCGAGGUUGGAUCCUUUACGGCAUCAUCAUCCCAUCGAACGGAAUUUAUUGGCAGCGCAAGUGGUGUCUUCUUUGUGAACACGGUCUUUCGCGCGUUUGCUCAAUCAGCCCGCACCUCAGAUUUCCCAUCUACUGGUGCCGACGAUGAUGCUCGACCACAGCGAGAUGAUCCCGGCUCAGUCGAUAGCCGUCUCGUCGACCCGGAGACCCCGCUACCCUCGGAAGAUGAGAGUCGUGGGAUGAGUAUUCACAUCGAAUAUGGCAACGUUGAAGCUACGGCACGAUCCUAUGGUGUCAAAGGCCAUAGACUGGGAAGUGCACCUAGUCAGCAAACCGCAAGGGAGCUUCUUAUGCUCUAUCUCCGCAAUUGGCAUCCUCUCUUUCCGUUUCUCCACGGUCCAACCCUACUUGAGUCGAUUUCAGCCCUCUACGAGACGAGUGAACACCGUAAUGUGUCCAAGGACAGUCUAAGAACGCGUUUGUGUCAAGCCAUAAUCUGCCAAUGCGUCUUCAACAUUGCCAACCUCGAUCGGCGCGGCCAAACUCUUGCUUCAGAGUCUCGAAUCGAGGCUCCAAGCAAGCUGCUGUCGAUCGUUGGCUAUGUUGCCAACAAUCAUGACAUCCAGUCAAUUCAGGCUCUACUUGCGGCACAGCUGUAUCUUGUUUCUACUAUGGCGCUUCGAGCUGCUUCGACCGUCGGCGGUACGCUUGCGAGAACGAUGUAUCAUGCCGGGCUGCACCGAUGUCCGUACCGCUAUCCACAGGUCCCACCUCCAGAAUGUGACUUGCGCAAACGGAUUUUCUGGAGUGCCUACGUGUUAGACCGGUAUCUGAGUCAAGCUCUAGGUCAUCCUUUGGGCUUCCAGGAUUCGGAUCUUGAUGUCUGCAUUCCUGGCACGGAAGAACUGCAUCGACCCGUCAAACCAAGUCACCAAAUGCCCUCCACGAAUUCCACGUCAGAGAAUGGAGUUCUGGCUCAUCUUCCGAGGGCGCACCCUGUCCCAAGAGGCACAUCUGAAGAGGAGUCCAGCUCGAAUCCUUCUGACGGACCAGCAAGAGAUAAUGAGCGGAAACGACAAGGCUCGCGAGGAACAAGUAGCGCUGAGGAUACCAACAGCAGUUCUGAGGUCCUUGCCAAUUAUGUCGCUUACUGCCGAUUGCUCGGACAAGCCAUCGAAUUGUUUCACAAAUCACUACAAUACCGCAAGGUUCAAACCGAAAGUAUGAUCGAACUUCAGGCCGAAGUACAUUCUUGGUGGAAUGGCCUCCCGUCGAAUCUACAGGAUGAGUACACCGGCGGCAAAAUGGAGCUUUGUUCCACCUUUACUUUCUUUUUCAUCAUUCUAUACAAUCAGCUACUGCUCGUUAUCAACCGUCCGUUCCUCUCUCUGUCCCCUGAAGCCCUAGAAUUCAGGUCAAGUCUCCAGACGUGCGUUACAGCAAGCCGUCAGAUUAUCACGACACUGCGCCACCAGUCAGAACGGCAACUCUCCGUCUCCUGGCCAGGGAUGCUUUCUGUGAGCUGGAUGGCGGGGCUGGUAUUGUCUUUCGCCUGCACUUUAAGGUUGUAUCCAUUCAAGAAAGCUCAAAGAGAAAUUGAAGAAUGCAUCGACCAGAUCGGAGGCAUGGACAGGAAGGGAAACAACGCCAGGCACUGCGCAGAGGCGUUGCGAAGUAUGUUGGAUACUCUGAAACAGCAAUAUAAUGACCAUCUUCUGGGAAAAUCGCAGAGCGUAUCCAUGGCUCAGCACCAUAAUAGGCUCUCAACUCCUUCGAACGCCAACCCAUCCAUUGUCGGUGAAGAUGACCAUCCGGAGCCACCUGCGCCCCCAGAGAAGCGAAGAAAAACAAAUCCGCAAGAACAGACUAUAGGCGCCCUUUCAAGCGGUUUUCUAGAUGACCCGAACGAGCCAUCGACACAAAAGCUCAGUCAGACUCAACGCUUGGAGACUGAUACGGGAGACUGGUCCUUCUUUGACCAUGAUGCCACACUUCCAAGUCUAGAGUACAUUGGCCCCGUAUUCAGCGCCGGGACAUCAUCGAUUCCGAAUCUCGACAACGCUGAUUACCUCCGCUUCCCCAUCCCAGAUGACUUGUACGCCAAUAACGCCGGCUCGUUUGGCACCAUCAGCUGGGAGGCAAUGGCAAAUGGUAUCGAUUACUGGAAUGACCUGAGCGCAUGGGAUGUCACCAGAUUCUAGGGUGAAGUGGGGCCAAAGGAAAGCCUGGAGACGCAUUUCGCGGCUCCGAGAUGGUUGCAAGCUACCUAUCUCGACUUGUCCGAUUGAAGUCUUUGCUUCACCACAAAAACGUAUCCUGGAACUCUUGUGAUAAGCCAAACUUAGUGGCUGUGCCGUGGUUUGGUUUUGACGGCUUUGGGGGAACAUGCUGCAUCGCAUAAUCGAUCGUCGCGGACUCCUCUCGCAGAACAGCGGCCCUGCGCUUUACCCGAGGGGGACCGGCCGCUGGCUGCAAAGCAGUGUCAUUGCGAAAGCUCGUUGGCUCUCCAGCUUGCUCCGCUUGCAUCUGCGAUAGGCCACUACUGAAGUCGCCCUCGAUCGAAGUGAGUUCGAUUGACGUAUGUCUUGAUGGCCUGUACGCUGCACCGUCUCCGAAAGUAUGUGAAUCUGGAAUUGCCACAAGCGCGGGGGAGUCCAGAUCUUGCUUCCACGCCAACACUUCAUCCGGGCCCUGGAGGGGAAACUGCUCCCAAUAGGCAAUGGCAGACCUUUUCUCCUCGGUUGUCUCCAGAGUGCUGAUCGCAAGGCUUCUUGGUAUUUGACGGGAGAGCUCAGUAGAGAAUGCCUCCGCCAAGGUAUCAAGGGUGGAGUUUGAGGUCGAAAGUACCCUCCAGAGAACUCGUUCGGUCUCUUUCAGGCGGUUCUCAAGUGCUUCAACGUAACCUUUGGCAGGGCCUCUAACACAAUCAAAGUUGCAGUCAGCAUUGGGUUUACACUGGCUGGCAAUUGGGGAAAAGACAGUUUGCUCUAGGCCUGCUUGGACACCGAAGUACGAACCUCUUCUGCCUUCUCGGCCAAACGCAUGUCUGUGAGAGACUCGUGCAUCGACUGCAAGUAGGUCUGAGAUGACAUCAAGCAGCAUCAGUCAAUACUAGCUUCAAAUCGCGGGGCUCGGAUUUGAGCGGAAGCUCAUCAACUCAAAAGCCAUUGGACGAACCUCUGACCAUCACACUAUGAGAGGUCAGUGUACAUGUUCUCCUGCGUGAGUUGGCAAGGGCUGGGAUGGGCUCGAUUAUCCGACCUUUUGCUUUCUCACUCGACAAGCAUAGCAUGCGGAACUGCUUCUUGAGACGGUACUGGCCGCGCCUGUGUCGAUCGAUCUCGGCUGUACCAUGGUCUCACUUCAUCUUCAUGCCUCAGCAGCGCCUCCUAAAAGUUCGAACCGCAUGACAGAUGCGUCCAAGCUCACGUCUCGUGCGUGUACUGAUAUGUCCAACUUUCGCUUCUUGUAAUGGCAUCAGUGUCCUGGAAGAUGGACAUGAAGUCUACAAAGCUCCAGUGUGCGAGCGUUGACGUGCCGCUGCGGAAUAUCAUUUAGCCGACAAAAGCUGCUCAGCCUUGUCAUCACGUGCAGCGCAAGGCUCCUACACAAUGAUGAUGUCAGCAUUCUAGGCUGAGCCUGCCGAAUAUGGCGGCCGUGUAUCCCUUAGAGUACGUUCCUAUGCGCAAAAGGACACAAAUCCAUAGCACAGGAUGUAUCACCCAUGGCUAUUAGGGACUACAAAAUCGCAUAUCGAAAGGUGACACCACAGCAUACUACUAGUAUCAAUCAAAGCUGGCAUUCAUUUUCUGGAUCGUAAUCACGCGGGCUUAAGUAGACAGAUUGAUCAAGGAGGAAGGGAGAAAAAAAGCAGUUCGGAUCCCAGACGACCUAAAAGCUGUCAUCUAUACAAUGCUCUGCCUAAACCAGCG